ACACCCCAGAACCUUCUCUGCAGGGGAGAACAGACCGGAAAAACACAAAUCAGAACAGACCGGAAAAACACAAAGGAUGUUGAUGCCGACAAUGACGGAGACGUGGGCGACGAUGGGCUCAACCAUCGCCAGCUUCAUGUUCGUCUGGGCGAUCAUUCGCCAGUACUGUCCCUACGAGGUCCGUCGCUACUUCGAGAAAUAUGCCCACAGAUUGACUGGGUUUUUCUACCCGUACAUCAAGAUUUCCAUCCACGAGUUCACCGGAGACCGCCUCAAGCGCAGUGAAGCGUACGUCGCCGUCGAGGCAUACCUCAGCACCAACACCUCCCGGAGUGCCAAGAGGCUUAAAGCCGAGAUGGGUAAAGACAGCACCAAUUUGGUACUCAGCAUGGAUGAGUAUGAGAGAGUCACCGACGAGUUCCGAGGUGUUAAGGUCUGGUGGGUCGCCAGCAAAGUCGUGUCUCCGGCGAGGUCGGUAUCGUACUAUCCUGAGCAGGAGAAGCGGUUUUACCGGCUGACAUUUCACAAGCGGCACAGGGAGAUCAUAACAGGGGCGUAUUUGGAGCAUUUGGUGAAGGAAGGGAGGGAAAUUCGGGCGAGGAACAGGCAGAGGAAGCUUUAUACUAACAGUCCUGGAUACAAAUGGCCGAGCUACAAGCAAACCAUGUGGAGCCAUAUCGUUUUCGAGCAUCCGGCGACUUUCGAGACAAUGGCGUUGGAGCCGGAGAAGAAGCAGGAGAUCAUUGAAGAUCUGGUGACCUUUAGCCAGAGUAAGGACUUCUAUGCACGAAUUGGGAAAGCUUGGAAACGGGGGUAUCUCCUCUACGGGCCUCCCGGAACGGGGAAGUCCACCAUGAUCGCUGCCAUGGCUAAUCUGUUGAAUUACGAUGUUUAUGAUCUUGAGCUGACGGCGGUGAAGGACAACACAGAGCUGAGGAAGCUGUUGAUUGAAACAACAAGCAAGUCCAUCAUAGUAAUUGAAGAUAUAGACUGUUCCCUUGAUCUCACCGGCCAGAGGAAGAAGAAACCGGAGAAGGUUUCCGAUGAGGAGAAGGAGAAGGAGAAGAUGGAUAAAGAGAGGAAGGAGGUGAAGGAAGAGGGCAGCGGAAGCAGCAAGGUGACUCUUUCAGGAUUGUUGAAUUUCAUAGAUGGACUCUGGUCCGCAUGCGGGGGAGAGAGGCUGAUUGUGUUCACCACUAAUUACAUGGAGAAGCUUGAUCCGGCAUUGAUAAGGAGGGGAAGGAUGGACAAACACAUCGAGCUCUCAUACUGUAGUUUCGAGGCAUUCAAGGUUCUUGCGAAGAACUACCUGAAUUUGGAGUCACAUCCUAUGUUUGAAACAGUUAGAGGGUUGAUGAAGGAGACAAAGAUCACUCCAGCUGAUGUGGCAGAGAAUUUGAUGCCUAAGUCUCCAUUGGACAACGCCGAGAAAUGUCUUUCGAGCUUGAUUCAGGCGCUGGAGGAAGCCAAGGACGAAGAUGCAAGGAAGAAUGCAGAAAAAGAUGAGGCAGAGAGAAGGAAAACCGAGCAGGAACAGGAAGGAGAAACAGAGAGAAAGAAAACAGAGCAUGAAGAAGCAACGUACAAGGAAAAUGGAAUUGCUUCCGGCUGCCAUGGAGGAAUCUGAGGCUGCUCAAACCCAAGAGAAUAAGGCGAUUGAAAAUCGCUGAAUGAGUUCCUGAGAAGAUCAUUGCUACUAAAUAUGAUGAGGAUUUCCAUGUAUAAUUCUCACUUCUGUAAGUUGAGUCAGAUUUUGUCAAUGCAAUAUGAGCAGCAUGAGUAUUAUUAUUAUAAUAUAUAUAUAUACACAGU